GCAGGCGAUCGAGCGCGUGAACGGCAUGCAGAUUGGCGACAAGACCGUUCAGGUCACCAAGUUCGAGAAGCGCGAGGACAGGCCGAAGCCCGAGAUCAUCAACUACACGAACCUGUACAGCGAGAAGUGCUUCCCCGACGACUGGAACGAGAAGAAGAUCAAGGAGGAGUUCGCCAAGUUCGGCGCCAUCACCUCCAUGGAGGUGCGCGAGGACGGCAAGGGCCGCAAGUUCGCUUUCGUGAACUACGAGGAGACGGAGGCCGCGAAGAAGGCGGUGGAGGAGUUGCACAUGAAGGAGAUGCGCACCGAGGAGGAGAUCGCGAAGGCGAAGGAGGAGGACAAGGAGGAGGAGAAGGGGCCGGACGGCCACCCCCUGGGCAAGCUCUACGUGCAGCGCGCCCAGACCCGGGCGGAGCGCCAGGCCGAGCUGCGCGAGAAGUUCCCCUCCGAGGGCGGGAAGGGCGACGGCAAGGCGGCGGGUGUGAACCUGUACAUCAAGAACCUGGAUGAGAACACCGACGAUGCCAGCCUGCGCGCCCUCUUCGAGCCCUUCGGCACCAUCACCUCCGCCUCUACGCCGAUCGACGACAAGGGCAAGUCCAAGGGCUUCGGCUUCGUCUGCUUUGCCUCGCCGGAUGAGGCCACCAAGGC